UCUUGCCCGUGGGCCUCUCCUGCGAUGGCAGCCGCGGCCGGGGGGAGUUGCCCCGCCGAGUCGCUGGGCUACUGCCUGGCCCAGCUGCGGGGCGGGGCCGAGCCUGGGCUGGGCCGGGCCCUGCUGGCGCUGCGGACCCGGCACAUCAAGCAGCCCGGCGGGAUCGAGCGGUUCCGGGCCCGCGGGGGGCUUGGGCCCCUGCUGGGGCUCCUGGCUGGGGCCAUCCGGCCCCGCCGCACCCUCGACCUGGCCCUCAGCAUCCUGGGCAACUGCUGCACCGAGGGGGGCCGGGCCCAGGUGCGGGAGCUGGGGGGGAUCCCCUCCCUGGUGAUGAUUCUGAAAUCCCUUGGAGUCGAAAGUAUCCACAACCGGACAGCACGGGCCCUGGGCAACCUGGCCAUUGAUGUAGAGAACCUGCAGGCUAUCCAUGAUGCCGGUGCGGUGCCACCUCUGGUGCAAGUCCUUGCCAGCUCCCAGGACAGCGAGUGCCUACAGAGUGUCAUUCGGGCCCUGCGCAACCUGGGUGCCACCCCAGUGCACCGCCUGGCACUGGCCCAGCAGGGUGCAGUGCGGGUCAUCUCUGAGCGCCUGGCUGCCAGCCCUGACGACCCCGCCCUGGCUGCUGCGGCCGCCCGGGCCCUGCUGGAGCUCACCAAGGGCUGCAGCCGGGACUGUGCCGAGCAGCUGAGCCUGGGGGGUGGGGGUGGCCCCCUGGUGGCGUUAGCCGGGCACAGCAAGCGGGCGGUGAGGAGGCGGCCUCUCGGCACUGUCCAUCUCUGCCUGCAGGGCAUGCUGCGGCCCCGCGGUGGGUACGCUGGGGGCGUGGCAGUGCUGGUGGGGGAGAUCCAGCGCAGGCGCGAGGCGGGAGCCGCCGGAGCCGUCCUGCAGCCCCUGGUCACGCUCUGCCUGCUGUGCCGGGAGGCGAUGAACCGCAGCCGGGUGCGGGAGGCCGGCGGGCUGGAGCUGCUGCUGGCGCUUGCUGCGGAUGGGCGCCAGCGAGGCUGCCAUGCCCGCGUAGUCGUGGCCUUCGUGGCCUUCUUCUACGACCAGGAGGCGCUGGAGGUUCUGCAGGCCGGCGGGCUGGUGGCCCUGCUGGUGGAGAGGCUGGUGGUCCAGGGCCAGUGGGCUGCACGCUGCGAGGAGGAGGCCAAGGAAGAGGAGGGAGAAAGCGAGGACGAGCGGGACGCUGCCUCCUUUGACUUCCCCCCCGAGGGGCGACGGGAAAGCGGGGCACCAGAAGGAGAGUCAUCCAGUUUCCAGAGACUCAGGUCCUGGCUGCUCUCCGAGGGUUACAUUGCCAGUCCCUGUGACCUCUCCCCUCAGUGGUCCCCCGACAGCUCCCUCAGCCCCACCCUCGAGCUGCAGGACGACACACCGGGACCUGGCCGGCUGCCUGCGGGGCUCAACUCGCCCACCUGCUUAGCUCCUCCGUCGCUGGAUCCGGCUGCCAGGGUGCAGUGCUUGGCAUCCGUGGCAGAGCCGGACUCAACCGUGGCUGAUGGGAGCCAUGUGGCAGAGACUCCAGAUGCUGAGGCACCAGCCCUGGCACAUUUGGCUACAGCCAGAGCUGACAGGCACUAUCCAGCAGCGUUAAUGCCAGGCGGGGCACCGCGUUUGGCUGCCAGGCCCCAUACGGCAUUGCCAAAUCCAGUCAGGAUGGGCGAACACAGCGCAGCCCCCGUGGUGCUGCUGGCUACACCAAAGUCCACUGGGACCAAGAAAGAUCAUCUGGCACAGAUUGCACCGGAUGCUGCCAGCAGCGCCCAGAACCUGCAGGUUCAGUUGCUGCUUGCAGCGACCCCGAAUGAGGAGCUCUCGCCAAACUUCGCUCUGACUGACCUGCAAAAUCCAGCACGGUUCUCGGCUGCGGCAGCCACCGAAGAGUUGUGUCCAGGCACGCUGGUUCCAGCCGGGCCUGGCUGGCACAUCACAGCACCAUCAGAUAAGCCAGGCCCAGCGCUGGCACCACCAAUUCCUGCUGGGGCCAGCCGGUCUGAUCGGGCACCAAGCCCUGUUCCCAAGCAUCUGAAUCCAGUGUCACCAAUUCCCACAGCGACCAGCCAGUCCGAUCUGGCGCCGAGCCCAAUUCCCAAAGAUCUGCAUCUGGUUUCUCCGAUUCCUACCGGGACUGAGCAGCGCCUCCUUGCCAAUGACUUCCUGGAGCCCCAGCCCGCUGCUUUCUCCUCACGGCGCCGCAGGCAAAUCACGCCCCCAUCCGGACGCGGUCCCCUGCACACCGGCUCCGUUCCGUCCCCCAGGCGAGGUCCUGGCCCGCAGUUCUUGCUGUGGGGAGGGGAGGAGGAGCUGUCGGCCCCCGAGGCACCUGUCCUGCUGCUGCUCUCCCGGUUCUCCCAGGCCGAAGACCCCAGCCGCAGCCUGGUGACUGGCCCGGUGCUGCAGGGGCUGCUGGCCUAUGUCACUGGAGCCCCGGCCCCCUACCCCCGCUGCCUGCGGCUGCUGCAUCGGCUCACGUGCAACCCCAUCUGCCUGGAGGCAUUCGUGCGCUGCCACGCCCCCUCCCUGCUGCGGGCCUGGCUGGUGCUGGGCGUGCCCCCAGAGGAGCCGCUGCCGUGGGUCCAUGAGACCCCCAGAAGUCCAGGCAGCAGGCAUCGGCAGUUCAAGGAGUUGGGUGAGACCCUGCUGUGCAAUCUGUGCGUCCAGGCUGAGUCGGCCUUCGGGGCGGGCGUCCUCACCCAUGCUGCUCUCACGGGCGCUGAGGCUGACCAAGUGGCCUGUGCCAUGGCCCUGCCCCUCAUCUGCAGGAAGAAGUCCCUAUGCCGGAGGCUGCUCCUGGAGCACUCUGGCCUGCGCCUCCUGCUGGCUGCCUUGACACGUGGCGCCGACCGCCCUUCACCUUCUAUGCCGUGGACUCGCUCUCCCUGCUGCUGGGAACUGCUGCCCCCUCUCCCUGCCCCGCCCGUCCCUAAGCGCUCCCGGCUGGCAGCCACCCCCACAUGCCACUAUGAGCGGCUGGUGAAGGCAGGCGGAGUGGACCUGCAUUCCGGUUGGACUCAGGCAACCCUGGUCCCGGCAUCGCGCCAGGCUGUGUGCACCGGCUCCGAUGUCCUGCGGGCCAUGCUGGCAGGCGGGUUUGCUGAGGCACGCCAGGCUCUGGUGCCCAUCCGUGGGGUGACGCCUGCCCCUUUCUCCGUGCUGACCCACUUCCUGCAUGGCUGCCGGGGUGAGCCGUGCCCGGCCCUGGGGGGUCCGUUCCCACCUGGCGAGGGGGAGCUGGCGGAGCAGACGCUGGCGGUGGCUGAGCAGUUCCUGCUCCGACUGCAGGAGCUGGUGGAGGAGGCGUUGUGCCAGCAGUACCUGCGCCCUGGCGCCAGCCUGGACCAGCUGUACCGGCUUGGGGAGAGGCUGGGGCCGAGGGGCAGCUGCUGCGCGCUGUGCCCGCUACGUCCUGCUAGGGGGCGUCGAGGAGCCCACCAGCCGAGCGGGCCCGCACUGACGCGGAUCCUCCAAGUCACUGGAGACCCCAAGGGACUGGCCCAGGAGCUGCUGGCGGUUGCCAUGGAGACACCAUGGGGAGUGGGCACUGAUGGGACCUAGGCUAGGGGGCUGGCUGAGGGCACUGCCCAUGCCCCUCUGGGUCGGGGCUUGGCUUAGGGCACUCUGUAGCCCUCUGGGUGGGGGAGGUUGGGAACAGAGGAGUGGGGAGGUGAUGCUUAGGAUAGUAGGAGGUGACUGAGGGGGAGAAAUGGGGUAAUGGCAAGGUAAGGAAUGGGACCCCAGCAGUGAGAGGAAUCAGGACAAUGAUGACUGACCCCCAGGAAAGGUUGGAAUCCUUCUCUGUUGGGUGAGUCAUUCCUGCCCCUGGCCACGGCACAGGGCGGGGAGCCUGCCUGCAACCUCCCCUGAUGAAGAGAUCGUGGCAUAUUGGGGGGGUGCCCCUACUUUUGUGGCACAGGGCACCCCAAUACACCCCACCUGGGGAGGCUUGACUGGAGGGGGGCUCAGUCCCUGAUCUGCAGGGUACCCCUCCGGUCACUGGAGCAGGGCAGUGUGUGUGCUUUCUCUGAACAGGGAGAUGCCCUGCCCUUCUUUCCUAGGUCCCAGGUAGGGCAGCUGUGGUGGGUGCUCAGCGGUACCCCCCAUGCUGCGGGAUCAGCAACAGGCGGCCGGGGACGUGCUUUUCCACCGGCGGGGGGGAUGGGUGUGUACGACUGGAAAUGUAUUGAAUAAGCUACUGUACAUGGAGAAAUACAGGCCGGGCUCACCACG